GUAUAUAUAUCGUAUAUAAGUAUAUAAACGAAAUUAAUGGUGCGAAAAUAAAUAAUAUCGGUUGCGAGCUAUUUUGUGAACUAUUGAAUUUUUUACGAUGCUUACGGUAACUCAUUUGCCAGAUGAAAUAAUUGCUACAAUUUUGGAAAAUAAGAACAUUAGCAUGGAGGAUAUCAUGAAUCUUAAAUCCACGUGUAAGAGAUUGCAGCAUAUAACAUUUAGCACCAAAUUUUGGGAAAAGAAAUUUUUGCAGAGAUUUUCCUUGUCGAAAAGAAUACAUAAUAAAAAGAGAUUGAAGAAAAAUGUUAACCAUUUGGAAGCAAGUCUAAAAUGUAUCAAAGAACUACGGCAUUAUGUGUCACUAAUGUCUUAUAAUAACAUACAGGAUACCAAAGAAAUGGAAUUGAAUGGACUUCUGUGUUCCAUAGCUCAACAUUCUACAAUUUAUCGUUUUGUCUUACAUGAUAUAAAUAGAAUUAUUUCUGCACAAUUAUCAUGUCACAAUUGCAAUUGGACAGUUAAAUAUUAUUUCCACCUAAUUUAUCAUUGGUUAAAACAGUAUCGGUUAGCGUACAAGCAAAUCAAAUUUAUACACAUGCCAAGGGAAACGCAACUUUUAGAAAAGCAAAUUACUAUUAUUGCACAGUAUUUUCAACCAAGUGUAUCUUACUCAAUCAUUGAUACGUGGCUAGAUGAUAUUGUACAAGUAAUAUUAUCUCGCCUUAAAAAUAAAUAUCCUACACAUUCUAUAUUCUCGACGUCUUCUGAUCAAUUUAUUUCAUGGAGAAAUAACAAUAUCAACGAUAACUUCUGGAAUCAGAUAGAAGCCCAAGAAAUUAUGUGUAUUCUUCAAGAAAUUAUAUUUUCUAAGUUUGGUGUUCAUCAAUUACAACAAUUAUUCUUAACAUUAGAACUCGAGGAAUAUAUGAAUCAUCUCUGA